UAACUUUUUAAAGUUCACGUUAGAACGUAAUCGAAAGUGUUAAUUAAUUAAUUAUAAAAAAGGCGUUUUUGAGUUCGCAAAUAUGGAAAAUACAUCGCGAGCAGGCUCAGAGGCCAGUGAUGUCGGCGGCGGUUUUAUUAAUAUCGCUGAUCCUGCCGAAAAACCUUUGGGACCUAUAGAAAAAUCCUUUUUAUUGCACGCGGAAAGGGGAGAUUGCGCGACCGUUAAAAGACUCAUCAAACAGUACGCAAAUAGUCCUCACGAUCUAGAUAUAAAUUGCGUUGAUCCGUUAAAUAGAUCAGCACUAGUUGCUGCUAUAGAAAAUGAAAAUAUUGAAUUAAUUAAGCUUCUGUUGGACGAGGGUAUUCUAGUAAAGGACGCGUUACUUCACGCGAUACGCGAAGAGUAUAUAGAAGCUGUAGAACUCCUUUUAGAAUGGGAAGAAAAAAACCACAAAGCUGGAACACCUUACAGCUGGGAGUCUGUAGACAAAGCUACAUCCACUUUCACGCCUGACAUAACUCCUCUUAUUUUGGCAGCACACAAAAAUAACUACGAAAUAAUAAAAUUACUUUUGGAUAGAGGCGCCACAUUGCCAAUGCCUCAUGAUGUCAGAUGUGGUUGCGAUGAUUGCGUCCAAUCAAGUUCCGCUGAUUCACUUAGACAUUCUCUAUCUCGAAUUAAUGCCUAUAAAGCACUCAGUUCGCCAUCUCUGAUAUCGCUAUCUUCACGAGAUCCGCUCUUAACAGCCUUCGAAUUGUCAUGGGAAUUGAGAAGGCUCAGCACAAUGGAAUCGGAAUUUAAAUUAGAAUAUAUUGAUAUGAGAGACCAAGUUCAAGUGUUUGCCACUUCUUUAUUAGACCACGUGAGAACUUCGUACGAAUUAGAGAUAAUGUUAAAUUACGAUCCCCAGGGUGAUAAUUGGGAUCCUGGAGAGCGUCAAACGUUAGAAAGACUUAAAUUGGCGAUUAAGUACAAUCAGAAAAAUUUUGUUGCGCAUCCCAACGUGCAACAAUUGUUGGGAGCGAUUUGGUACGAAGGCUUGCCAGGGUUUCGAAGGAAAGCACUGAUCGGGCAAGGAAUGCAAGUGGCCAAACUUGCGGGAAUGUUUCCAGUUUAUUGUACCAUAUACAUGAUUGCGCCUGAAUCUCCGAUGGGCCGAUUCAUGAAGAAGCCUUUUGUUAAGUUUAUAUGCCAUUCAGCAUCAUACCUUGCCUUUUUAUCACUUCUUGGAAUGGCGUCACAAAGGAUUGAAAUACUUCUUCUGGAAUGGUUUGGUAAUCAAUGGAUACAAGAUGUUAUUAAAGAAUGGAAACAUAGAGAAAGAGGUGCAGGGCCGGGAUUGGCCGAAUGUGGUGUAGUAUUGUUUGUAAUUAGUUUAGUUUGGGGUGAAAUUCGGUCGCUCUGGUCCGAUGGCUUAUUGGAAUAUGUGUCCGAUUUAUGGAAUAUCGUUGACUUUAUCACGAACAUGUUUUAUGUUAUGUGGAUAGCAUUGAGAGCGUCAGCUAUGUAUGUUGUAUGGAGGGAAAAUAAUCAGGGCAGAGAUCCAUGGUACCCCAGGGAACAAUGGCAUUCCUUCGAUCCGAUGUUAUUAUCGGAAGGAGCAUUUGCUGCCGGUAUGAUUUUUAGUUUUCUUAAACUGGUUCACAUCUUCAGUGUGAAUCCCCACUUGGGCCCUCUACAAGUAUCUUUAGGAAGGAUGAUUAUAGACAUCAUUAAAUUCUUCUUUAUCUACACGCUUGUUCUUUUUGCCUUUGGAUGCGGUUUAAAUCAACUGCUAUGGUACUACGCAGAACUUGAAAAGAAUAAAUGCUACCAUCUUCCAAGCGGUCUUCCAGAUUUCGACGGAAACGACAAGGCUUGCAGUAUUUGGCGAAGAUACGCUAACAUGUUCGAAACAGCCCAGUCUCUUUUUUGGGCCAGUUUUGGCUUGGUCGAUCUCGUCUCAUUUGAACUAACCGGCAUUAAAGGUUUUACAAGAUUCUGGGCGCUUUUAAUGUUCGGAUCGUAUUCCGUCAUAAAUGUUAUCGUACUUCUCAAUAUGCUUAUAGCUAUGAUGUCCAAUUCUUACCAAAUUAUUUCGGAACGUUCAGAUACUGAGUGGAAAUUUGCGAGAAGUAGGUUGUGGAUGAGUUAUUUUGAUGACGGAGAUUCUUUACCACCGCCGUUUAAUAUUUUUCCAACAAUGAAGAUGCUUUCGAAGCAGUUGCAUAUUGGAACCGAACCCAAGAAAACUGUAUCUUUCAAAAAAAAAUCAAGGGCCAAAGCAACAGAGCGGCACGAGCAAGUUAUGCGAAUGUUAGUAAGGCGUUACGUUACGGCAGAGCAAAGAAAACGCGACGAUUUUGGAAUAACAGAAGACGACGUUAUGGAAAUUAGGCAAGACAUAUCAUCGUUUCGAUACGAUUUGAUUGAUAUAUUAAGAACGAACGGCAUGAAAACGCCAACCCUUUCUGAGCAAGAUCAUCAAAUAUCUGGUAAAAAAGGAAAGGUUAUGGAACGACGCUUACUGAAAGAUUUCCAUAUCGGAAUAGUUCAAAAUAUUGUCAACGAAGCUGUAAGCAACAUGAAACAACCGAAAGAUGUCUUUGGACAUAUUGCCAAAGCAAUAGGUAAACGAUCCAGUAAACAAGGAAGCAAAAAAACCGAUUGGAACGCUCUCGUAAGAACAAAUACGAUAACCCAAGAUCCGAUCGGUUCGACAAAGGAAGCCCAUGCUCAAAUGGAAUAUCGACAGAGUAUUCGUCGUCAUAUUCUAUCAAAGGUGGACAAACCACUUGAAAUCGAUCAAGGAAAACUAUUAGAAUACAAUCCGAAACUUUCCGAAGUACCAAAAGGUGCAAGAGUAGCAUAUGCCAAAUUCCUCACAAAAAAAAUAAAAGAAGAUUAUACCAAGCAAGACGAUGAGUCUGGGAAGGAAUCAAAUACAACAACCGUUUCGAAACCAUCAAUCAAAUUCAAAUCUACUCCAACAACAUCUAAUGAAUCAAAAUCUGAAGAUAACAUGAGCAAAAGUUCACGAACGGCAAGUUUAUCGUCUCUUAUAUUGUCGCAGGAUAAAGACAAGGGUUUAAAAAAUUCAAGCAAUCUAAGUAUUCGCAACGAAAAAACACCAAGUCCAAUUCCACCUAGUCCGGAACUACAUGCAAUUAAAGCGAACGAAGCAAAAGCACCAACAGAUAAAUUCGAUCAACAGGACAAUAAAAGCCAAAUUACUGAAAACGAAAAAAAUGCCGAUAAAACAAACCGCACAGAGUAUGACAAUUCGAAUGUUUCAGAAACAGUUGCUCCUCCAGUACCGCCUACCAAGAAAAAAUCUAUUCUCAAAAAAGAAACCGCUAAAGAGAACGAACAGUCCAAAGUUGAUGAUAAAAACAAACAAACAACUGAUAAAGUUGAACAACAGCCCAAAGACGAGGCCAAAAAAUGCGACAAAGGAGCUGAGAAAGCAGCUUCGUCUACUAAAACUGAAACGAAUACUAAAGAAGACGAUAAACAAAAGUCUGACUGCAAAAGAAACCCCGACGACAAACAGAAACCUGAUGAAAAACAAAAAUCCUCUCGUAACACUGAAAUAGGAAGCACCACCAAACAACCAGCUCCUAAACCAACUGGGAGAUCUAAAGUGUCUGGACAAGUUAGAACUGGUUGGAUUUAAAUUUAAUAAAUGUCUUGGUAAAAAUAGUCUACAAGUGUAAAUAAUAAUUUAAUCAACUAUAAUCAACCCGUUUGUUAAUGUAAAAAUGAUUAUUAGUAUUACCUCUUAUUGAGUAAGUCAUCAUCAUCCUCCCUCAAUGUAAUACACACUAUCUAUAUGUUUUAGUGUAUUUAGUUAACGAUUAAACAGACUUACUUGGUUAACAAAAAAAUUAUUCAAGGCUCAUUAAAGCCGGCCAAGCUUUAAAAAUAAUUUUGAGAAAAUAAAUCAUACCAAGUUGA